AUGUCCGUCACCGCCACCACCUUCUUGGAUAAUCCCUUACUCAAGGUGAGUCGUCCGGUGGCUGCGUGCUCGAGAUGUCGGACCGCGAAGAUCAAGUGUGAUGGCAAGCUCCCCGCCUGUUCGGCCUGUGAACGGGUGGGCAAGGCUAGCACUUGCUCCGGGGCCAGCGAUGAGUUCGCCAAGGGGAAGGAGAGAAGCUAUGUCGCGUCACUCGAAGGAUACUGCGAGAAACUGGAGAAAAAGAUUAGCCAGAUGCGUGCCCGCUCAACGUCCCUGUCCGCCGAGGGCAACGGGGUCGCUCGGGAGAUGUCGAUCACCUCCGUCGCAUCCGAAGGUCAAUUGGGCCCCGCGCACCAUAGAGAGGUCUCCGAUAUCGACGACCUAGUGGGUGACUUUGGGUUUCUGUCGGUCAACGCAACUUCACGAGACUUCCACGGGAUCACCUCGAAUACCUCCUUUGCCAAACUCCUCCUAUCAGUCGCUCUUGUCGACUCCGAUCAGCCACCCUCGCAUAAUUCACUUCCUCCUCGGCAUGAAGCGGCUCCCUUACUGCAGCAUUAUUUUGACAAUAUCUUCGUUCAACUGCCACUAUUUGUGGAAACGAGUUUUUGGACCUCGGUAGACGCCGUCUAUCAGUCAGGCGGCCGGUUUGCGAAGCCUUUCGAUCACUGGAUGCUGCGGAUGGUCCUCGCCAUCGCCUCGGCAUCAAUCUCGUAUCAGAGCAAUGAUAAGAACCACCAAAGGGCACGUGCCCUUGUGGGGGAGGCAUUGACAUAUGCCGAAGAGGUUCUUCGCCCGGGGUCAAUCUCUGGGAUCCAAGCCAUCUUAUUACUGGCUGAGUAUUCUCUGAUUGACCCAGCACGCUUUCGUAGUUGGUAUUUGGUUGGAAUGGCCGUGAAGGUUGCCGUCGACCUCGGACUCCAUCAAGACCCUCCUACCGAGGUCCCAACCGAUGUCGAUCGACUCGAUAUUCGUCGGCGUGUAUUCCAUUGUCUAUAUUGCCUUGACAGGGGAUUAAGCUCCACCAUGCAGAGAACCUUCUCGUUCUCCGACGCAUCUGUCAAUGUUGCAUUACCAUCAACAUCUGCAUCCCCGGGGGCCUCUACAGAGCAGAGCCAAAUCUUUUUACGCAGUCCAGUGCCUGCCUUACAUAUUGUCAAAAUUAGACAGAUAUUGUCUGUGGGCUACCAGGAAAUGCAUUACAGUGGGCGCGAGCCAUCUCCGCAACACCUGGCUCUAACAUGGACCCUAUGCUGGCGAGCCCGGGAUUGGUACCACCAGCGCCCCAAGAAUGCCCCCAACCAUUUCUCUCUUCUAUACAGACUCGAACUUCUUUACACCAUCAUCGUCCUUCUUUCUCCUUCGCAUCGAUACCCCACGCUCCAUAACUACAACAAAGCCCUCCUCUUUGACCGAUGUAUGGACUACAUCAGUCAGAUUCACCAGGUCUUGGAGAACCCCAGCGCCUUGCCGUUCCUUACCUAUCUCGACAUCCAACGUGUUCAUCAAGUAGGCCGAUUAUUCGUGGGCGUUCUUUCCGACAACUACGACCAACUCAUCAGCGCAACUGUCCCUCCACCCCCUCAUGUUCCGAUGGGGACUCCAGAGCCGCCAGUUCUGGCUGCCGAGGAUCUGUUCAACUGCCAUCCACGUGCUCUCCGCUGUCUCUCUUACAUCCGCGAUCUUCUCAACUUCUGUGCUCGCAAAUGGGAUAUGCAUGGGUUGCUGGAACAAUUUGAGGAUGAGUCUGCCUCCCUCAGAAAGACCCUAGAGGACAGCUCCAUGGGAUACAUGUCCGAACAGGGAUUAUAUCCUCAAGACCCGUCAUCGGGGAUGCUGCUGGCCGGCGAUUCAUAUUCGGGGUAUCAUUAUGCUGUCUAA